ACAAUUACUCUUUGUAGUUUGUUUUCACUUUUAUUAAGGGUUUAUAAAGAUUUCUAAAACUCUUUUUUAUUAAAGAUUUAUAAAACCCCUAUAUUGCAUCUACACAGGAUGAUCCCCUUAUACUUUACAAAGACUGAAGAAAAAACCUGGAUAGCAUUAUAUGCCCAUCUCUACUCUGAUCUUUGCCUUGUAAUUACAGCAUAUCCUCCAGGUCACAACACUGGGUGCAGACACAAAGAUUUACUGUUUGCAAACUCAACUCUGCAUAGUAGUGAGCAAAUGCUCUUCCCCCUGCCCCCCUCACAGUUUUGGGGAGAUUUUGAGUCUUUCCCCUUUUGCUCUAAAUAUUGCAGACAAAUCAUGUGCUCCAAUUAGUGCUGAUAUUAGUGUUUAUUUCUCUAAGUAAAAAGCACAAUGUUGGGAGUCUCUUACUUUGUUGGAAAUCCAUCCUUCUUAGUUACUUUUUUGUUAGAGAGUCCUCAUGAUUUCUCUCUGUCUGUAUCUUUCUCCUCCUCUUUCCAUUCCCAAAUUACAUUCAAUACAAUUCCAGUAUAGGAGUUCUUCAAAAAUCCCUUGCUUGGUUUCCAUCCCUUCAGAAGAGAUCUCAAUGCAACUCAUCCAGCCUUGCUGUUGCACAGGACUCAGUUAAGUGGAUUGUCAAGUUGGAAAAAAACCCACAAUAACUCAUCAGAAGAUGUUUCACAUUUUUCAAUAUCAGCCUUUAAGACUAAUAACCCAAAACAGUCUUUCUAGCAUGUGUUUAAAACUCACGUUUUCAAGACCCGUUGCAUUUGCACAAAUAUGGAAGUCAUGGUUCUCAAGUCAUUCUCUUCUUGGAAAGAAAAAUAUUAUCCUGAUGGGACCUCCAGGUGCUGGGAAAACAACGACUGGGAGAAUAGUGGGCCAGAAACUGGAUUGCCCUGUCAUAGACAUAGAUGAUGAUGUCCUUGAAACAACCUGGAACAUGAGCGUGUCACAAAAACUGCAGGACGUUGGUUAUGAGGAAUUUCUAGAGGAGGAAGGAAAAGCCCUGUUGAAGUUCUCAGCAUCUGGAAGUGUCAUUUCCCUUAGUGGAUCCAAUCCAAUGCAUGCUGCUGGCAUGCAGCACAUAAAGAAGAAUGGAAUAGUUGUGUAUCUGGAUGUGCCCACAUCAGUCAUUAUGAGCAGGCUGAAAUCAAAGCAGAUGGAUCGCAUCGUGGGGCUGUCUCCUGGUGUUUCUCUCAAAGAUGUGCUCCAGUUUAGGAAGCAGUUCUACAAAAGGUGGUUUGACAUCCGUGUUCUUUGUGGCGGGGAUGUUGCUGCAGAGGUCGUGGCAGAAAAGGUACUUGAUGCUGUGAAGAGAUACCAAGACUCAGAACUGGAAACUUUCAUUUCAACAAGGUCUACUAGGUCUGGAAGGAGUACGGAAGAAGACUCUAAUAAAUUUUAUUUCAGUGAUGUUGUUAUUCAGGGCUUAGCCCUUGAUGGGGGACUCUUUGUUCCUGAGAGAGGACUUCCAAAAUUCACUGCUGAAGAAUGGCAAGGUCUGAUAGAAGCAACUUACAUUGAAAGAGCCCAGGUGAUACUAGAAAGAUGCAUACAUCCUGCUGAUAUUCCUGCUUCUAGGCUGGCAGAAAUUAUUGAAACUGCUUAUGGAGAAAACUUUAGUUGUUCUAAAGUUGCCCCAGUUAGGCAUCUGGCAGGCAAUCAGUUCCUUCUUGAGUUAUUUCAUGGACCAACAGCAUCAUUUAAAGAUUUUGCAUUACAGUUGAUGCCACAUUUAUUUGCCUACUGCAUUCCCAGAAGCUGCAAUUACUUGAUUCUGGUAGCUACUUCUGGGGACACAGGGAGUGCUGUUCUGGAUGGCUUUAGUCGUCUCCAUGACACUGACAAACAGAGAAUUGCUUUGAUGAAUUUUUUUCCUGAGGAUGGAGUAAGCCCAAUUCAAAAAUCACAAAUGAUUGGCUGUCAGAAGGAAAAUGCUUGGUCAGUGGGUGUCAAAUCAGAUUUUGAUUUUUGCCAGACAGCUAUAAAGCAAAUCUUUACUAAUUCUGAUUUUACUGGCUUUCUUACGGUAGAAUAUGGAACAGCUUUAGCUGCAGCAAACUCCAUAAACUGGGCACGACUGCUUCCUCAGAUAGUUUAUCAUGCCUCUGCAUACCUUGAUCUCGUUCAUCAGGGUAUUAUUUCUUUUGGAAGCCCUGUAGAUAUUUGCAUUCCUACGGGAAACUUUGGCAACAUCUUAGCUGCUUUCUAUGCUAAAAUGAUGGGAAUUCCUAUCAGGAAAUGUAUUUGUGCUUCCAAUGAAAACAACGUUUUGACUGAAUUCAUAAGAACAGGUGUUUAUGAUUUGAGGGGAAGAAAAUUAAUUUCCAGUUUUUCACCAGCAGUAGAUAUUUUGAAGUCCUCCAAUCUUGAGCGAUACUUACACCUGAUUGCUAAUGAAGAUGGACAACUGGUGACACAAUUAUUUAAUCAGCUGGAAAAUCAGGGCCACUUCCAGCUGCAGAAAGAUCUACUUGGAAAGCUUCAGCAGGACUUAGUGGCUGGCUGGUGCUCUGAUGAGGACUGUCUGGCUGCCAUUCACUCUGUGUACAGUACUACAGGAUAUAUUUUGGAUACACACACAGCUGUUGCUAAAGUAGUUGCAGAUCGAUUACAAGAUAGAACUUGCCCAAUUAUUAUUUCAUCUACAGCUCAUUAUUCUAAGUUUGCACCUGCUAUCUUGAGGGCCUUGAGGAUUGCAGAAAUAAAUCAGAAUCCAUUAAGUCAGCUUCACUUGCUGAGUUCUUACAGCGCUCUGCCUCCAAUCCACUGGGGCCUAUUGGAAACCCUGAAAAAGACAGGAAAUGGGGAUCACCAGGUCUGUGCUGCUGAUAUGAGUGUGCUGAUGUCCCAUAUAGAAACCUUAAUUCAAAAUCAUUUUAUGAAAGUUUUUUGAGCAACUCAUCCAAGGAACACAAUUGCAAUACCUUCUUAGCAAACUGCAUGCUUUAUGAAAGCCAUCAUUCAUCUGGCCUGUGUCCAGUCCACAGCAUAUCUCACAGUUUUAUAUUCAGUUGCCAAGCUUUCAACAGUAUUUGUAAGUAACAUGUGUGAGAUUUCUCGUGGCAGUGAAAGGUUGUGAAUCUAGAGUGUAAAAAACUGGAAUACCACUUUGCAAAUCAUACACAGCAGAGAUGCCAGCACUGCUGGCUCUCCUUGGCAGUGCUGAGGAAUCCUCAAUGGAAGGAGACAGAUAAUAAAGUCUGACCUUUCUGGAACUAAUCGCUCUGGUUUUGUUGCAACAAUGAUGUGAACCUUUGGUCAGUGGAUGUUUAAUUAAACUUUAACUCAUUUCACUUAGGGUACUGAAACAUAAUGAUAUAAUGGUGUUCAUAUGUUACUAAUGAGGGUUGAUUUCACUACAAAGAUUAAAAUACCCUUGUAUUGUUAAUCCUUGAAACAUUAAAUUUUGUGAUAUAUUACCUUCUUGUAUAAUGUUUUUUAUGUAUUGUGUUGCCUGUGUCUAAAAAUAAAAAUCUGGUAAUUUUGUUUUUAAUGCUUUUUUUCACAAAUAUUUUCCUGUGUCAAAUAGAAUACCUAAUUAAAUAUUUUUAAUAUAUUUGAGGUGUGGCUCUUUCUCCAAUGUCUUGUAGUCUCUUUCCUAGACAUUUUUUAUUUGAACUUUCAACUUUAAAAUCCUUUUUUAGUUCUAUAGAAGAAUCUGAUAGUGAUAACAGCUGUCUUCUUAAAUAAGAAACAGACUUCACUAUUUAUUUAGAUAUAUUUUUUGUAUUAUGUUUUAUCUUGGAGAUCAUAUAGCUUUUCUUGUUCUAAUUACUUAUGUUUUCAUAUUUUUCUUAAGUUAAUUUCCUUGAUGUUCUAUUCUAUUUGAGCUUUGCAUGAAUUAAUGUAAGAAAGAAGCUUCCCAAAUUACUUGGCAUCUCAUCAAGGAAAGUGAAGGAUGAAUUCCAGUCUGAUAGCAUCAGAAGUGUUCAUUAUGUAACCCAAAAUACAUCUGUGUGGUUUUGCUAAUGACAGGCACUUUGCUGUUUGGGUUUUUUUCUUCUGAAGAAAAAUUAGACUGGAUUGUCCUAGGAGAUCAUGUGGUUAUGGACAAAUGUAUUCUACUAAUCGAAGAUUAUAUUUCACGAGGACAUAAACUACAUUUCAUACUAUGAGAAAUAGUAAAAUGAUGUAUUGAAAGGUUUAAGUGGCAUGCAGUUAGAGGUAAAGAGCUAAGAGUCUUCAGAUGUAAGGACAUAUAGCUAUGGGAAGUUGUGUUUCCCACUAAGAUGCAAAUAAUCUGGUAAUUGAUAACCUUUUUUUGCCUCUUCAAUAGGCAACAUGUCCUACAUGUCAGGAUUCACUUGAGGCUUUGAACUGUUGUCAUAUCUGACAGCUUCCCCUGUGUGCCUGCUUGUACUUUUUGCCACACUAGAAGUGAACAAGACACCAUCUAGCAAACUGUUUGAAAAAAUUGUCAUUUUUUCCAGCUGAAGGUGAAAGUCCCCAGCACUAUGUGCCUUUGCCACAGUGAAUAUGUAUAGAGUGUUAUUAAAUGUAGCUGAGAACAGGGGUGUGACACAGUAGCUUUCUAGAUUCCCCCAUUCUUAGAUACUUUUUUAGGACCUUUCUAGUUCUUUGCUAAAAGCUUUUUCACUAUUUCUGCAGUAACUUUGAAAAAUAACUUUUUGUUUUUAUGGAAUU